CGGAUGAUUUCAAUAUCGAUCAAUCAUGCAUCCGGUUCGUUAUUGACGUAAAUAAAGGUGGAAUGCUGCCUAUAAAAGAGAGUGUUUGUGUUUGAUAUUUCAGAAUUGCUUCAUUGCUUCAUCCAGUAGAGACACAGAAGAAAAGACAAGGCAUAAAUAUGCAAGUUGGAACAGCUUUAUGUGUUAUUAUAGUUGUCAUGGCGUCCAGUUUGACUGAGGGACACCGUACCACACCAUCGAGUCCUCUUAGAUAUGAACGCUAUAAAAGAUUCUUAUGUUCAUACUGGUACAACUGGCCAUGGGUACUAAAAGUUGAGAGGACGGAACCGACAGAACGACUAUCACAAAUGAGAACUCUGGUUGGAACCUGCGAAGUCGAUGUUGGUACUUGUCCAGUUGGAUCCUGUUCAACAUUUCGAAAGUUUUCAGAGUUUUGUCCUGAUGAUGGAUACAUCUGCGCUGAAACAGAAACCCGAAUCAAAGACUGUGGACAGUUCGGAGGCAUAUCGUAUGAAUACGUUAAACAGUGCGGGUGUUGUAAAGAUACUGGUAUCGUUGUCACUGGUAUUGUAAAAGACCAAGCCACUAACGAGCCAGUUGGAAGAACACUUGUCUUUUUUGACAUCCACAGAAGGCCUGCAGUUACUGGUGUCAAUGGUAUGUUCAGAACAACUAUUGAAUCGAGCGUUCGGCGGGUUGUUAUUAGAACAAAAAACAGAAAUUACCUGGAAGCCGUCAAGGUUGUUGAUAUACCGGAAGGUUUCAGAGGUCCAGUAGAAGUUGAACUGUUUGUCAUUAGGAAAUCUAACCCGGUGAAAUUCGAUUCAACCGUUAAUACAGUGCUUUCUCUUUCAAAUAAUCCACUAGAUCCAGAAGCCGGUCAUACAGUUGUCGAAAUUCAAGCAAAUUCUUUCAUUAAUCGCCAAGGAAAGCCUUACCAAGGAACUGUCAUUGCACGCAUUACAUUUAUAGAUACAGAAAAUAACCCCGACAAUGUAGCUCCAGGUGUAUUUCAAACUGCAGUUGAAAAUUCGGUUGAACCUCUUAUCACCGAUGGUGUAGUUUCCUUUAGUUUUGAAAAUGCUGAUGGAAAAGAUAUUAAGCUUUCGGCACCAGUGAAAUUUACUGGACGAGAGGGUAUGAGAGUCUGGAAGCUUAAUUCUUUUACCGGUUUAUGGGAACUUGUGAAACCUUCUCAAACAAGAGGUAAACGUCAGGUUUCUCUUGAUGACAUACUGAGCAUUGAAACUGAUCGUUGGUACAAUAUUGACAAGAUUCCUGGCGCUCCAAGAUGCUACUUUAAAGGACGAAUAUUUGAUGAACUAAGUGGAAUAGAGAUCACAAGCAGCAGUACUGCAUCAUUUAGGCCAGAAAUAACUGCGUACACAUCUAUCGGACAGCGUCUGCGACUGUAUGCGGGAUAUACAACUGAACCAAGUACAACAUGCUAUGAAGUGAGAUGCCCAAUAGUUAGUAAUCCUGAUGAUAACCUUGCUGGUUUUAUUAACAUGUCUUCAACAGAGGUUGUUACUAUCGGGGGAAUAAACUUUCCACUCAUCACUUAUCUUACUCCAAAAGAACUUGCUGACUAUGACGCUGCUGUUAUACAGCCAAAACUUUCUGAUGUUCAAUAUGACAUUGCACCAAAUGAGUUGGAUAUUUUCGUAAAUUUUGUUUCCGACAUUGCAGGUCCCUUUUACAGAAACAAAAAUAUUUGUGAAAAUUCAAGUAUAUCACAGCCAGCCUUUCAUUUCUUUAAACCAGAAUUGCCUACGUAUGAGCCGGUCCCUGAUGAUACUGAAAUUUGCACAGCAAGGAUCACUUUUAAAGAUCGUUAUAACUUCUACAACUAUAUUUCAAACGUAACGAAUAUGCCAAAUGUGACGGGUAUAAGCGUGUGGGGACAAGACGGCACCAAUUUCUACUACACAGAUGUUGCUCAAAUGGAACUCUAUACAGAUGGCAAUACUACUUUUGUUUUCAUAUGUCUUAAAUACAGAUGUAGUCAAGAGAAUGACCUAACUACAGUGUACAUUGAUAUAGAAAUCCCAGUCGUAAACGUUACCUAUAAUCGCACCUUCCCUAAUGGAACAGUUGUCAAUUAUACAUAUGAACAACAAGACUUUGGUUGUCAUGGAAAUCAUGCCAAAGAAUCUGAAGUGAACGGAGGCGAUGGAAUUGCUACCAUUGAAGGAUCAUUCACAGCACCUGUCAAUGUCGGUACAGGUCCAGAUUUUUACAAUACGGAAUUCAACGAUUGCAAACAGGAGACAAAUUCUACAUCGUUUGCGUAUGAACUGUUUUGCUAUAGCAAACGUGGUGGACAGGAAGCAUAAGGUUAACGAAUAUUCCAAGCAGUUACACAGAUAUUGUGAUACAUAGUACUUUAAUAACUAAUUCCGUUAAGGAGCUAAGGCAACUUCAACUUGGUCACUUUAGAAAAUGAAUGCUCUGAUUUUUUAUGAAAAUGCUAAUACUAUUUAAAAUAUAUAUUUCUUGUCUGAUAUGUAAGUAUGCAUUACACCAGGAUUAAAGAGAAAAAAAUAC